AUGCUGCGUUCAACGUUUUCGCACAUCUCUAAGAGAUUCAGUAGUAGCAAGGUUUCCUCUGAAUAUUUGCAGAGCCUUUUACAACGUGUCCAAGAAGUCAAGAUCCUUUCUCAUAGAAAUUUGGACAAUAGAUCCAGAAACAGACCUCAAAAGGCAAGUUCUCAGGGUAAUACUAGACCAAGGAAACCUAGGAACCAUAUGAACCAUGCUAACCUGAAGUCGCAAACUGGCAGGAAUAUUAUUUCUACGUCUAAAGUUAAUUCGAGCGUUAAACGUAGAAGUCCAAAACUGAAGGAAUAUGCUGAUAACAAUAACAUAUAUAAUGAUUUGGUUAGCAAUAUUAGUGACAAGGCUCGGAAAACAUCUGCCCAUGGUAAACAGGUUAAAAGCUCCGGGAAAAUGUCUAAAAAAACCGUUCCAGGAUUAAUAAUGAAGAAGCAGAAUGUUAAUAAUGAGCUUCAAAUGUUUUCUCAUUCUGAGAACUAUUGUCCAAGUGUUCCAACACGGUUAUCCUUAUUGAAAUAUAUGCCAAAUUUGGGUAUUAAUUACUCGUCUAAAUUAACAAAUUAUGCUGUUGAAAGUCUGAAAGAGUCUAGAUUUCCAUUCCAUAGGCCUUUUAACAGUGGUAUGUCUUCGACUGAUCAAGGUAGUAUUACGAACGAAAGAGUGAUUUUAAAGCCACAAGAUAACGGCAUGGUGAAACUAGACAAAGAACCACUAACGGAAAACUUCAAAGUUCCUUUAGAUUAUGAGUAUUUAAAAAGUUUUGUUAAGGGCAGAUAUGAAGAAUUGGAUCCGUAUACCGCGGAUGCAUUUGCAGAAAUAGUGAAUACCAAGAGUAGGCAAAAAGAACUGUUAGCCAAUAGUGAAAUCGUUAGGCUUAGCGUACAACAAAGUAAUAUGAAGGUCGAUCAGAGAAAGUUAUUGUUUGAAGUCUGUAGUGGACUUAAAAAGGUUUCAGCACUGAAACAGUAA